ACUUCCGGUGUUGUUGGCCGUGACGCCCCGCCCACUUUACUACAUAACCGCCGCUCCUCGUUCUUACGAAAGUGAGAACGCGCAGCAGCAGCAUGUCGGUGUACCGGAACGCCGUCUGGCUGGUGAAAGGCCUCCAGGAGUACACCAGGAGCGGCUACGAGGCGGCGGCGAAGCACUUCGCCCCCGCGGACCUGGAGGUGAGCCUCAGCGGGAGGUCCUACGUCAUCACGGGGGCCAACAGCGGCCUCGGCAAGGCCACGGCGCAGGAGGUGGCCAACAGAGGAGGAACCGUUCACAUGGUCUGCAGGAACCAGAGCCGAGCAGACGCCGCCAAGGAGGAGAUCGUGGAACGCAGUAAAAACCAGAACGUCCACGUCCACAUUGUCGACAUGUCCAACGCAAGACAAGUGUGGGAGUUUGCCCAGAGCUUCUCUCAGAGCAGCUGUCUUCAUGUGCUGAUCAACAACGCCGGCUGUAUGGUGAACGAGCGAGAGCUCACCGAGGACGGACUGGAGAAGAACUUUGCCACAAAUACACUCGGCACAUACAUCCUCACCACGGCGCUGAUCCCGGCCCUCAAGAAGGUUGAAGACCCCAGAGUGGUCACCGUGUCGUCGGGCGGAAUGCUCACCCAGAAGCUCAACGCCGACGACCUCCAGUUUGAGAAGGGGGCGUUUGACGGCACCGCGGCCUACGCUCAGAACAAAAGGCAGCAGGUGAUCCUAACAGAAAGGUGGGCCACUCAGCACAAAGACAUCCACUUCUCCUCCAUGCACCCCGGCUGGGCAGACACUCCAGCCGUGCAGACCUCCAUGCCGUCCUUCCACGCCAAGAUGCAGGCCAAGCUGAGGACGGAGGCCAUGGGCGCCGACACCGUAGUGUGGCUCGCCGUGUCCGCCGCCGCCGCCAAGCAGCCGAGCGGCCUCUUCUUCCAGGAUCGUAAAGCUGUGGCCACUCACCUCCCGCUGGCCUCCUCCAGGGCGUCUGCGCAGGAGGAGGAGAAGCUGCUCGCCGCUCUGGACGAGUUUGCCCUCAAGUUCAAACCGUGAAGCCGCCUGCAAGCGACGGUUUGCAUCACCGCGGGUCCCAACGCGCAAGAACGACCACAGCAAAUGUUGGCUUUUUAUUUAAAUGUGUCGAUCAAAAAAAGUAUUUAUUCUCGAAUUAUAAAAUAUUGAAAAUUUCCCCCUUAAAAUGAUCAUUUGUUCCCUCGUCUCUUUAGGGGAAUGAAACUCAAACAAGCUGUUUUAAACCAAGUCUUCUUCAUCGUGAUGCUUUUGUCUUCACAAACACACUUAUAUAAAUAACUCAAUGCUGUUAAUAUCUAAUAAGUUCAUCUGGAUGUUUGGAUCUAAUCAAACGCACUUUGACAGAAUAUAGAUAUUUAAAUCAAACAUGAAGAUUCUGCUUUUCUCUCCUUGCUCAUAAUUAUACUUGUUAACCUUAAUAUUGUUAGAAUGAUUGUUCUUGUUCCACACGAUGAUUGAAAUUUUAACUUUUUUUUUCCUUUUCUGUUGAUCUGAUGUCAUGCUCAUGACUUAAUAUGGAGUAAAAUAUAUAAAUAACACUGAACAUCCA